GGAACUCGGCGUCGCGGGAGGUCUCUGAUCCACUCAGGGGUCAGGGCAUCACUGGUCUCGCGUGCGCGUGACCAGGCCCGGUUUCCGGCGCCAGGACCUUUCCGAAGCGUCAAGUGGCCUAACGGUCACAGCUGUCGCCCAUCGGAGAGGCAGGACUACUGCGAGCGGUUUUACCGCGACCUCCGGAGGCUGGCGUGACAGGCUCUGUCACUAAAAUAGGUCUGUCCAGUCGUACUUUUUCCUCACCUUGAGCUUUCCCGUCACGGGAAUACACGAUUUGGCUUAGGGGCCGGGGCUCUCCUGAGGAGAGAGGGUUUGCUUUGCGGGGAAGAGCGAGUCUUGCACUUCGCAGCCUCAAAUUUCAGCCGCAGUGUGGAGGGGGGUGCUUUGGGUGGUCCCCACAGCCUUUCCGGAGUGCCCGCGCGUGUGAGCUUUUGAGAUUUGACAAUUUGUGAAGCGCUUGUUGCUGACUUUCGAGGACGACAGGAUCCUUUUUCAGUCGUUCUGUCAGGGGAGGCAGGUGGGGAGCAAGGAAGGAUCCAGAUUUUGUUAACAGAGCUUUGAGUUUAAAGAAUUGACAAACUCCCGAGUUAAUUUCCUGUCAGACCUUUUGCGGUUGAGACAUAGAGUCUGAGGCUUUGAUGGUAACCGCGUUUGAUUUAGAGACAGACUGUGCAGCUUCGCUGUUCUAUUGUAAAUACGUAAAUGAGGAGGAAGAGAAAAACGUAGGGUGUUGGGAGCAGAGGCGGGAGUCGGGAGAUCCUGUGAAAUCGGAGUCCCUUUGGAGGGGGGCAGGCCGUCGAGGCGUGCGAGGGCCCGGCCCCCUUGCCGCGUGGUCGUUAACCGGAAAGGCUCUGAUUUGGCUGGUGGUGGAUCGCGUCCCUUCCUCCUCUCCCCGGCUCUCCCCGAGUGCGGCAAACUGGCUUCAGGUUGACUAAAAGAUAGCGAUUUUCCGAGCAGCUUUGCCGCGCGGUGGUUUCUAAAGCGGGGCGUGGCAUGGGUGCCCUUUUGGGCCUCACUUGUCCAGCCUGCGGCAAGUGCUGGGCGAUGGGAUGCGGUUCUGGCGUCAAUGGAAGGGGCUGCCUUUGAGAGUCCCGCAGGAAGAUUUAGAAAGUGAUUGUUCUUAAAACAAACAGCGGUCUGGCUGUUGUAAUUGGCCCCGUUUUGCUGUGUGUUCCUCGAAGUGGUCCGGGUGUGAGUGGUGCCUCAUUGUGAGCUGUGCCUUAUCUGAUGAAUUAAUGGCAGGAGUAGAGGUUUACCACUCUUAGGUGACUAAGCAGUAUCACAAAUAAACCCUCCAGCAAGUUUAAAAAUAAUUAGGUCCAACUCAGAGGAAGUGGAGUUUCUCCUGUUGCACAAAAAUGAUGUCUAGCAGCUCCAGUGAAAUCGAUGUGGUAAAAACAAGAAUACCUACUUAUGAUGAAGAUGACAACACUGUUCUUUACGCGUAUGAAACAAAACCUGAAUUUGUCAAUAAAGAACCGAAUAUUGUAUCUGAUGCAUCCUGUAAUACUGAAGAGCAACAGAAGAUAGUUAAUGAUGUCCUUAUCCAUUGCCAGGUUAUAUAUGAUGCUAUGCAAAACCUGGAUAAGAAGAUUGAUGUGAUUCGUAGAAAGGUUUCAAAAAUCCAACGUUUCUGUGUGAAAUCCCUGUGGACAAAUCGUAAGCGAUAUGGAUACAAAAAGUAUUCUUACCGGCUUGCUAAAAAGCUUAAACUCAAGAAAAUGAAGAAAAAUGAGGUUUACGAGUCAUUCUCCUACCCUGAAAGUUACAGCCCCACUUUACCAGUGUCAAGGCGUGAGAAUAAUUCCCCGAGCAACUUUCCAAGACCAUCCUUUUGCAUGGAAGAAUACCGGCGAGCUGAGCCAGAGGAGGACCCGAUCCUCAGCCGUACUCCGAGUCCAGUGCAUCCCUCAGAUUUCUCUGAGCAUAAUUGUCAGCCAUAUUAUGCAUCUGAUGGUGCAACGUAUGGUUCUUCUUCAGGGCCCUGCCGUGGCAACCCUCGGGCUGACAGCAUCCACAACACUUACUCAACUGACCAUGCUUCUGCAGCACCACCUUCAGUUGCAAGGUCACCAUUUGAAAAUGACCGUUACAUAGAGGAAGGAAGCAUCACUAAGCACCCUUCAACCUGGUCGGUGGAAGCAGUGGUCCUGUUUCUAAAACAAACAGAUCCUCUUGCAUUAUGCCCUCUUAUCGACCUCUUCAGAAGCCAUGAAAUUGACGGGAAGGCUCUGCUCCUACUCACGAGUGACGUGUUGCUGAAGCACUUGGGGGUGAAGCUGGGAACAGCUGUGAAGCUAUGCUACUACAUUGACCGACUUAAACAAGGAAAAUGCUUUGAAAAUUGAAAAAAUCCUUGUGCGAAUUUAGAUUGGGCCAACUUCUAGAGGCACCAAUGCCUUCUUAGUGUAGAAUCAUUUUUCUGCCCUUUAGUCGUUUUUGUUUUGUAGAAAGUAUCUCUCAAAAUAUAUUAUAGCUAGAAUUGUAGAGCUAUGUUAUAGUCUAGUCUACUUCUUUAAAAACCAUUUAACUGCUAGAUAGUAUUAGAAUAGUCCAAUAGGAAAUUCAUUCUUUAUAGGUCUUUAAAAAUUACUUUUAUUAUAUUGUUUACAAAUAUAUUUCAUGCAAGAAACAGAAAAAAAAAACCCUUUGAUUCUGGUUCAUCUCGAUAACAGAGAACCAAAACAGCUAAGAGAGGUAUUAUCAGGGUUGACAACUCCUAUGAUUGAAUCUAUGGGAAUUAUUCCUCAGAAGAGAAUUUAAAGGUGUACCCAUAGAUAUCUCUUUCUGGAGUAUUUUAUCUGUCUGAUGUUGCAGUAUUCUACAAGUUUCCAGAAAGAGAAUAGCCAUAUAAAUUAUUUUCCUGCCUGCUAUUGUUUCUCUAUAUGUUUUAUUUAUUCAGAUUUAGAGAAAAAAUAAGCAUAUAAACUUUUAUUAAGUGCUCUUAACAGUUUUAAGAUAAACUAUAGGAUAGAUAGAAUGGUUAUUUUAUGCAAGAAAUAUUGUACCGCAAGAGUGGUUUGGAUGAAGUCUGACUACUUUUUUCCAAACAAUUAUAUUUAAACUUUCAUAUUUUGGCUAAGUUUGGACAUAUAACUACACUUUCAUUGUUUGCAUCUCUCUAUGAAGAUACCUCUGUCCAAACUUUUAAAAGGCAUAACUUUAUUUUAUGUGUUUAUUCUUUAUAUAGAUAGUAUUUUAUAUUUUAUUCUCACCCGAAGUAUACACACAAUCUUUUUUAAAAAAAUUCAAAAUGGCAUUUUGUAUUGCCACAGAGGUAGGAUGAGCCAUGUAUUAGUGAAAUGUUUUAUUUUGUAAAAUGUAAAUGGAUUCUUUGCCAUCACUAGUACCUCUCAACUUACUUUUUAGAGGACAAGAAACAAUCUGUAGAUUGGUUUCCAUACAGGGAAGUUCUCUGUCCUAUGCAAUGUUUCUAAUUAAUUUGCUUAAUUCUGAGCCAUUAAUCCUGCUACACUUUGAAUGAUACAUUAAUUCAGACUAAUCUUUGGGGGCUUUAUUUUGUAAGUUAGAACUUUCAAGGGAAACAUGUUCAACACUAUUAUUUUGUUAUAAAUUUAUAACUUUGUUAUUACAUUGUAUAACAAAUAUAAGGUUUAUAAGCUAUGAGAAUUGGUGCUAUCACCAUUGGCUAUUUGCUGUAAAUGUCAAGAAAAUGUUCACCAGAUGCAAGAAUGUACAUUUUCUUUUUAGAAAGCCAAAUGUACUUUAGACAUGAAGGCAACUAUUUAAAGAAUAGCUUCAUCUAUGUUAUUCCUUAUAUGUCAUAAGAUUCUUACUUAAACUUGGUCUUCUUUCAAAUUGUAUGAAGAUGCUGUACCCACUUGAACAGUCCUCAGGUGUUUACAUAAAUACUAUGUUUUAGUUUUCAUGUUUUAAAAUAUAAAUAAAGUUAAAUCACAACAGUUCA